AUGCUAAACAAAGAGCAAGCAGAGGCCCAUGGGGCGUACGACUCUGAGCAAGCAAGCCCUCGUGGGGUGGCAUUCGAGGAGGAAGGGGAGAUUUUCAAAAAGACCGAUUCUGGGGUCAACUUCCGCCAAGUGGGUUGGUUCAAUGCGGCCGUGAUCUUCAUCAAAAUCCUUUUUGCGACAGGGGUGCUCUCGCUGCCAUCGGCGCUGUAUUCGCUGGGUGCCGUAGGGGGAUCGAUCAGCAUCGUGGCCUGGGGAUGCUUCAACACGUACUGUUUUGUCAUCCUCGGCAACUUUCGCAUGAGACACCCUCACUGCCACUCGAUUGCCGACAUGGCCCAUGUUGCCGGGGGCAUUGUUGCCAAGGAGGCGACCGGGCUGCUGUUCAUCAUUGCCUAUGUACUGGUGACGGGCAGUGGCAUCGUUGGCGUGUCCACGGCGCUGAAUGCCCUCUCGCACCACGCAGCCUGCACCGUCUGGUGGUCAUUCCUGGCCGCAGUGGUGAUCAUCGCAACCGCCUCCAUCCGCAAACUCGAGCACGUCGGUUGGUUGACCUACGCGGGAUUCCUGUCCAUCUACGCCGCCGUGCUCAUUGUGGUGAUCGGGGUGACCACGCGAGACCGGCCUGCAGCUGCACCGCAGGAAGGGCCGUACGAGCUGGGCUUCGUCGCCAUCAAUAACCCAGGCUUUGCCGCCGGUAUGGUCGCCUCCUGUACCAUCUUUGUCUCCUCAGCGGGUACCAGUGCCUUCCUCCCGGUCAUAUCAGAGAUGCGGAACCCGAAAGACUACAAGAAGCCGCUGUAUAUCUGUAUGGCCCUGGUGACCGCAUCGUACCUCGCCUUUAGCUUGGUCGUCUAUCGCUGGUGUGGCAAGUGGGUAGCGAGCCCAUCGCUGGGGAGCGCUGGACAAACGAUCAAGAUGGUAUCUUACGGUGUUGCCUUGGUCGGACUGAUCGUGAGCGGCACCCUCUAUCUGCAUGUCGCCGCCAAGUACGUCUUCGUACGGAUCCUGGGGAAAUCGCGCCAUUUGCAGGCCAACACCGUCGUCCAUUGGGGCACCUGGUUUGCGAGCACGGUCAUCCUCGGCGCGCUGGCGUUCAUUCUGGCGGAGGCGAUCCCGAUCUUCAAUUACCUAAUUGCGCUGGUGGGAUCGGUGUGUUUCGCGCCUCUUGCCAUGAGCCUGCCCGGUUGGCUAUGGCUGUACGAUCAUGGCCACUACAUGAAGGGGACGUUGAUCCAGAGGGUCGUCUACCUGCUGCAUUGCGGCAUGGUGAUUCUGGGGCUCUUCUUUCUAGUUGGGGCGACGUACGGCGUUAUCGUUCAGAUCAUUGAUGCAUAUAGCUCUGGAGCGAUUGAUUCUGCCCUGAACCCUCAAUUGCACCGCUCCUGCGUUGCACAGAUCACUGUCUACAGCCUCGCUGGCCCCAGCAUGUCGGAAGAACCGGUGAUCCCGCCACCACCGGGGGCCGUGUCGAAUUUUGCACACCCCCAGGACGCCCUGCAUACGGUGAAUCUAGCAACCCAGGUGUUGUGCAUGAUCGUUGUGACAAUCAUCGUGCUCUUGCGCAUCUUUAUCAGUGCGCGCCUUCGAAAGAGCCUGGAAUUGGAGGACUAUAUGACAAUUGUAGGAUGGGUACUCUUUGUCGGGUUCUGCGCCAACAUGCUUGUGCUUAAUGCCUACGGGGGUGGAUAUCAUGCCUGGGAUGUACCAAAGAGCAAAUUCGUCGAUUUCCAAAAGGCCUCGUACGCCAUCACGCUCAUCUAUGUCCCCAUGGUGUUUGUCGUCAAGCUCGCCCUGCUCUCCGUGAUGCUCCGGAUCUUCGCCCCGGACCGGCACAAGGUCAUGAUCAUCUACGCCAGCAUGAUCGUGCUCCUGCUCUACUACAUCCCGGCCCUGUUCAUCAAGAUCUUCUUCUGCAAGCCGGUCUCUUCAUAUUGGUACGGCACUAGCAACGGAGGCACCUGUAUCGACCAACAGAAGGUCAUCAUCGCCGACUCGGCCAUCAGCAUUGCCAGCGACCUUUGGAUCCUCAUUCUUCCAGUGCCGAUGUUGUGGUCGCUGCAGAUGUCGACAACCAAGAAACUGCGGGUCAUCGGCAUUCUGGGGGCGGGUGGACUUGCCACUGGAUUUAGUAUCUGGCGCUUGGUGAUCAUGGUCAGGGAGGCGCGGACAGCGGACACAACAUGGUUUUGGAUUCACUGCGUGUUGACAGCCAAUGCGGAAGCGGGCAUUGGGCUGAUCUGUGCAUGUCUGCCCGUGUUGAGCUCGUAUGUCGUCUCGAUGAAGAACAAGAGCAGAAAUGCCACGAACGGCAGUUACCAGCGCAGCCACGAGCUCAGUAACUGGAAUAAGCUCUCGAGCUCAAGGAAGAGCUGCCAUCACAACUCCUUGCUCCUGACACAGACCGACCAGGCGCAGCUCAUCUCCACCGUCGAGGGCACUGAGCCGCACGAGGGGUCGACGGCAAGCCUUCAGGAGAGCUACCAUCCGCCGGACCGCCCCGUCAUCCAUAAGGAGAUCGUUGUGUCUCAGACCUACGAAGUGGUCAAAUAG